AUGCAUGUAUUUCGGCUUUGCCUUCUCUUAGGAUGUAUAGCGCCGAGUAUUCUUAAUGCAUGGCAGCUCGCUUUUGUGACUCCAAAUUUUGUUGGAUAUGGUGAAGCUGGUUCUGCUAAUAUCACUGUUUCCUAUGAUUUAUAUUCCGGUCGAAAAGUGGUUCAGAAAACAUUCAGUUUUAUCCUUCUCCUUGAAAGAUAUUCCUAUCCACGAAGUAUACCUGGCUUUUGGUUUAUCAGUGCGCUUCAAAAUAUAAGUUUUGAAAAUCUUUAUCGUGUUAUUACUUACACCCAAACAGCCAGUGAUUCCAAAAUCAGUAAUGCAACUUUGAACACCAGCGUUUAUGGAUUGUUAUUUUUGUCCAGGAAUAAAGUAACGGGUUAUGUCAGUAUACCAUCCUCAGAAAUAUAUCCUUCUGGCGCUACAUUUUUCAUCAAACCAGUAAAAUCAAAACAACGAAAUGACUAUCAGUCACUUCACUCUUCGACUAUACAUCAUCAGUCCAGUAUUCCACAUAACUUGACUAUAUAUCCUGUGGAUGUGAUAACUUUAGAAAACCAUAUUCCACCGUCUUCCCUCAUUGAGAAUCCGAAUCAGGUGAAACGAUCUUCUGAGACAUCAAUAAAUACUCCAACUUUGGAUACUGUGCGUGUUGUCCACCGGCCAGGUGAAAUAGAACCAUACAUUAUGGAAUUGUUUAUGGUUGUGGAUGAAACUUUGGCUGCUGAAUUUCGUGGACAAUAUGAUCAAUUGGUCCAUCGAGUUAAUCUUAUUACGGCACUUGUAAAUAAAUUAUUUGCUCCGUUCAAUAUUGUGAUAGUUAUUGUUCGAUUAGAAAUUUGGGAACAGGAUCGUAUUAGUUUAAAAGUAGAAGAGCAUCAUAUACUUACUUCAUUGGCUCAGUUUAAGCGUAUGCAUACCGAUGUACGCCAUGAUUGUUUACACGCUCUAUUAGGUACUAAAGAACAAGGGUCACGAACUCGUGGAAAGGCUAAUCACAUGACUAUGUGUAUUUAUUCUCGUUGUGUUGGCUAUAGCAGAGUUUCCCCUUCAUUUGAUGUCGUCGAAACAGCGCGUACUAUGGCACAUGAACUUGGGCAUAAUUUUGGCCUAAGACAUGAUACUGAAGAGUGUGAAUGUCAAGGCUGUAUAAUGGCUACUGGUGUAGAAUUUGGUACAACUGUAAUGGAAUGGUCACCGUGUUCUAUGCGUGAUUUACCAGGUCUACUGAAAUAUGGAAUGGGUGUUUGCCUGCAUGAUUUACCUACACGUGGAAGUGUUUCAGUCAGCUCCUUUUUGCCGAAUUCUAAGUCAACCAAGAAAGGUAGUAAUAGUAAUCCCCAACUUAAUACGUCUAUUCCAAGUGUUGUACAUAUUUAUGAUUGGCAAAGUGAAAGUAAACGAAUUCCAACUAGUCGUUUGUUGACUACAGCAAGACGACGUCAUUCCAUUCCAUCUUCUAAUCAGUUUGUGAAUGGGUUAUGUGGGAAUGGACUAUUGGAUCCUGGGGAGGAAUGUGAUUGUGGUACUCGAGAUGCAUGUCCAAAAGAAUGGCAGGCCUGUUGUAAUCCAGCACGCUGUAUGCUACGUGACGGUUCCGAAUGUGCUGGUGGUCCAUGUUGUGAUAUUAUUAAAACAGAUCCUUAUCAGAAUGGCAGUCAGUCAAGUAUCCAUUGUAAACUGAAAUCUGCUGGUACUAUUUGUCGUAAUCAAUCAGGUAGUUGCGAUUUACCAGAAUACUGUGACGGUCAUAGUCAAUGGUGUCCAGCAGAUGUGUACAAAGCUGACGGUGAAUUAUGUUAUACAGAUGAAGAUCGUCGUGCACAUUGUGUCCGUGGAGGUUGUCGUGAAGCUGAUGGUUGGUGUCGUGUAUUAUGGGGUAAAACAGGAACACUUGGUGAUAAAUAUUGUUUUUAUAAUAAUGAAGUAUGGGAUAGAAAACCAACUGUGGAUUCUGUAGCAAAUUGUGGAAUUUAUCGACCACCUCCUAGGGAUAGAUGGGAAGAUGUAAAAACAUGGACAGGCAAAGCUUGUGAGACAUGGCAUGAUACAUCCUGUGGACGCUUGUGGUGUCAUCAUCAAAAUGAAAAAGCUAUGCUUUUAGGUUGGGUUCAAUCACAAACUCGUGUUAUUCACUCAACAGGUCGAUCCUGUUCAGCACUAGUUUAUGAUCCAGUUUGGCCUGCUUCGGAUUCUGUUACACAGGAUAAAAGUAAAUUAUUUCAAAUUAAUCCAAAUGGUGCUGGAUUCGGACUGUAUGCAGGAAACACUCAAGAUGCUGGUAUGGUUCCCGAUGGAACACCUUGUUCUCGUGGCUUCUGUUACAAUGGCUCUUGUAAGUCAGUGGAUGAAAUUCGAUCUCCUCACUCAUGUUACUGCAAUGGCCGUGGAAUUUGUAAUAAUUUAGGACAUUGUCAUUGUACACCUGGCUAUAAACCACCGUAUUGUGAAGAAGGUGGAAAUGGCGGCAGUAUAGACAGUGGACCACCUCCAGUAACAAGUAUCAAAGACAAUACACUACUUGUUGUGAUAUGUCUACUCUUCUUUGUCAUCCUACCACUGGUUGGAUUUGCAGUCUACUUUUUAUUUAUACGUUCCGGUAAAUGCAUAUUAAGCACAUCAAAAGAAUUCAUUCAUACAAGCAGUGGAUUACGUAACCCAUGCGAUAGAAGUUGUACAGAAUGCAUUUGUCAUUUAUGCAGUUUCCUAGCAUCGUUUACAGAAUUACUUUCAAAGUCUAGUCGAACAGUGACCAGCAUAAACACGACGUCACCAAUAAUAGCCAGAAACGUCGUAAUAAAUCCAAGCAAACCAGUAGAUUCAAGAAUCCCUACCCCUUACUCGCAUACACAACGGAUGUACAAGACACAUCGGAUGGAGACAUCAUCAAAGGUCAACUUUGAAACAUCAACAACAGACAAAAUAUCAUCCAAUUUUGUCACAGCCAAAACAGGUUCACAUAAACUUGGGAUACCAAACAACACCAUUUUCACUGGUUCAGAAACAGCAAGAACAGCAAAGACAACACCAAAGAAGUGUCACUAUGGAGAACUACAAACAACGAUCUCAACCGUAAUCUCUAAAUCUAAUCAGAACGAAGUCAACGUGCAAGAUAAAAGAGCUACUCAGAUGACUUAUCCAAAAUAUGUUGGUCAAACUGUACAUAAAACCAUUGAAUCACAACACAGUCAACCGAAUGGAGCAACAGUAAAACCGAGUACAUUCAUUUCGGAACCACGUCUUGAAACAAUGACUUAUGAUGGACCAAUGUGUUCUUUAAAUGAUCCAGUUGUUAUCGAUACAAUUAAACGUAAAUCAAAAGAUAGACUGGUUACAAAAUCAAAGUGUACAAGCUUAACAAAUGAUUCACAACCAGAAAUUACCAUUAAACAAAAACCUCAACAAAAAUUACUUAAUAAUCCUGUGUAUGCAUUGCAAACAACUACAACACUACCUGUACGCCCACCACUUUCAUCUAAGGAUAUUUCUGAACCUCUAUUACAAACAACUACAUAUAAUGAAACACUUUCAGAUCUGCAAACAGCCAGAUUAAAACUGUCAAAAAAAAGUAUUUGA